GUUGCUUUGCCUUUUGUUUACAGAACGCUGUGUGCUGUUGCAAAUUUCUGCGUUUAUGUUUUUUAUCUGGUUUAAUACACUUUUGCUUUCGUCGCAUUUUUUCCGUGCACACUGCCGUUUAUAUGUCAUUAAAUAUAAAUGCCUGAAUAAAAUGCAUAUAUUUAAGCACAAUUACUAAUUCAGUGCAAAUUUAAAAAGAAAGAAUGACUUGUAGAAAAUAAAAACAAAAAUGUUUCUGACGUGAAAUAAAGUAACGCGAAGUUACAAAAACUAAUGUACGCUUGGAAAACUUACGUAUAUACAACUUGCCAAACGAGAGUAAUUGUUGGAAAUUGUAUAUCAAGCAGGACGAGCUAAUGAAUCCAUAUAACCGGAAUUUAAACGCCCACAUUUGAGUGGUAUAUCACAACUAUAGUUUCUUUUAAAAGAACGAACAAGAGAGCAACUUCGCCAAUCUGGAUAUAUCGAUAAUUUUGUUACGAAAAAUUAACAACAGCGAAUUGGUCAAACUUAGGCAUUUACCUGUUGUGAUUACUAGGUACUAAGGUCAAACGGGCGAUAACCCAAUGUACUGCAGCGUCGUUAAGUAAAACACAAUAAUUUAAUUAAUGGCGAAGGUAAUCACUACCGUAGCCUUGUUGUCUAUGCUCGGUGCGCCGUUGCAAUUUGUGUAUGGAGUAAAUGUGCUGGCUGUGCUGCCAAGCGUUUGGAAGUCGCAUUAUCUCUUUGGGAAACGCUUGCUGCAGCAAUUGGUGGAAAUACAGCCCAACUAUUCGGUUACAUUGAUAAGCCCACAUGCUGAAGAGUACCCAGUACAGCAGAAAAUACGCGAAAUACGCAUUGAGGGCUUACGGGAGAAUUGGGAGGAGAUGGGUCUUCCCUUCGAUGUAGAACAAUCACGUCAACGCUCAAUUAUGGAACAUUUUACCCGCUUAAUGUAUGCCGGUGCGACAAAUGUUGAUUUAUUGCUUGGCGAUGCAAAGGUGCGAAAAUUAGUACGAAGUGGUGAACAGUUCGAUUUGUUGGUGGUUGAUCUCUUUCUCAGCGAUUCGCUAUUAGGCUUAGCUCAUUACUAUCAAAUACCCACCGUUGUAAUUAGUCCCACCGGCGCAAAUACAUGGCUUAAUCAGAUGACCGGAAAUCCACAGAGCUCAGCACUCGAUCCCAGUAUUUUUUUACCCUACUCGGAGCGCAUGGGCUUAUGGCAGCGCAGCGUGAAUACGCUAAUGGGUCUUUUUGAAAAGUUGACCUACAACUUUUUUUACAUGAUCUCACAAGAAGCCGUCUACACGAAACACUUUCACACACUCUGCCAGCUUGCCAACACCACUCUACCACAUCACCGUGAUCUAACCAAAAACCUUAGCCUUGUUUUAAUUAACUCACAUCCUAUUGUGCAAUAUCCGCGCGCUUACUUGCCAAAUAUGUUGGAGAUUGCUGGCGCUCACUUGCGUGGCGCACAAAAGCAAAUCGAACUGCCAACGCACAUCACUUACUUUAUAGAAUCUGCACCAAAAGGCACGGUUUACUUAAGUCUGGGAGCCGAUGCGCGCACUGCAGAUUUAGCUCGUGAAAAAUUGGACAUUCUCUUGGACGUAAUUACAGACCUGCAAGACUACAAUUUCCUAAUAAAAUGGGAGGAUCCCAAAUUUUAUACAUCACUACCGAAGAAUGCAAUGAUUGCUGAAUGGUGGCCACAGGAAACCGUUUUAGCGCAUGCCAAUGUCAAAGUGUUCAUUAGCACCUGUGGGCUAAUGAGUAUUAUUGAAUCCAUAAAUGGCCUCACACCAAUACUUGCCAUACCGAUCUUUCCCGAGCAGGAGGUGAGCGCUAGACGUUUACAGCAGCUGGGUAUCGCGCAAACGGUCUCCUUCGAUGCAUUUACCUACGAUGCACUCUCAACGAAUAUACAAAAGCUGGCUACACACCGCGGCUAUGCGUUGCAAGUAGCUGAAAUGCGCCUCCUGCUGAACUCUACAUAUGGCACUCCAAUUGCCAGAAGCAUACAUUAUAUUGAGUUGAUUUUAAGUAGCGCUGGCGGCGGCGAUUUUCUCAAAUCUCACGCCAAUGAGUUGAACUUUAUGCGCGCCGAAUUGGUGGAUGUGCUUGCCAUAAUUUUUUUGGGCCUAUUUGUGAUUAUAGCAGUGCCAUUUUUAGUUACGUGUUGUAUACUACGACGGUCUUACAUAAAUCAGACAGCGCUGCAAGCUGCGACUGGCGGUGGGCAUCGUGCGACCUUGAAAGUGAUCGGACGCACAAAUUCGACCAGCGGUGUGGCGGCAGUCAACGAUUCGCCGAUUUUGGACUGGCGUCGGCGGAGCAGUGCAGCGCAGGCUACUGGUGUUCUCAAACCGCCAUCGUCGCCAUCCGCUUCGUCAACCACUUCGAGCAUUUCAGCGGUAUCAACUGCCUCGUCAGCUGCAUCUUCAGUAGGCGGCUCGCCGCAAGCCCGAUACGAUGUAGGUGGCAGUGGCGAAGGCGUCACGAAGCGCGAGAAAUUCGCACGACAAGCGGCCUUGAAAUCAUUAUCGCAAAAAAUCGAUUAAAAUAUCAAACAACGCAAAAAGUUAGCGCGUUCACGCCCGCAUGCAUUCACAUAGACUUAGUAUAUUUAAGUGUAAAGUGCUCCGUGCGUUUUAUUAUAUAUUAUUUCGCUUUAGUUGGUACUUAACGCAGGUUACACAUUCGUUGAAAGUCACACAUGCUCGUUGUUGCAGUUAGGCAGAUUUUUAAGCUCGCUUUUUUGGUUUUACGUGGUGAUUGUAAGGCAAUUUUUUAGUGUAUAUGUAUAAGGCUCGGUUUAUGUAUUAUUGUUACUAUUUUGAUUUUUACCCUGCUUUCAAUAUCACAAAUAUACACAAUUCUAUGUUUAAAAUGUUUAAAUAUAUAUGUACUCGUAUUUAUUGUUGUUGCAUAUACAAUUAAUUUAAGAUAUUUAAAUACAUAUAUCUUCAAGUUCACAAAGUUUGUGUUAAUUUACCCAAAAAAUAAUCGCUUCAAAACAAUCAUCACAAAUAAAUUUGAUGUUAAAUAAAAAAAACGGUAAAUUUU